ACAUUUCCCUCUAGCAGCCAACAAAUGCAUGGGAAGAUGGCACCUCUGAAGAGCCAUGAGCCCUGCGUGGAGAAACCAGGAAAAGCCCAGGAGCCCCCAGACAGCAGUCUACACUGGUCAGAAGGUUCAAAGGGUGAAGAGAUAAAGAAGUAUGGCCGGGAAGGGACACUACUGAGCAAAUACAACCAACAGUACCACAAGCUGUUUAAAGAUAUCCCUUUGGAGGAGAUGGUUCUCAAAGUGUGUUCCUGUGCCCUCCAGAGAGACCUCCUUCUCCACGGUCGGCUCUAUAUCUCACCCAACUGGCUUUGCUUCCAUGCCAGCCUCUUUGGCAAGGAUAUCAAGGUGGUCAUUCCUGUGGUAUCUGUGCAGUUGAUCAAAAAACACAAGAUGGCGCGGCUCCUUCCCAACGGACUGGCCAUCACCACAAACACCAGCCAGAAGUAUGUCUUUGUGUCUCUGCUUUCCCGGGACAGUGUGUAUGACAUGCUGAGGAGGGUCUGCACUCACCUACAGCCUUCCAGCAAGAAGAGUCUGAGCAUAAGGAAAUUUCCGGAGGAAGCCGAGUGCGCCGAGUGCGAGUCCCCGGAAGUCCUUGUCCCCGAGAUGAAGUGGAGAAAAACAUGCUCAGCCUCUCCAUCCCUGUCCCUCCCAGACAACAUCUCUUGUAUCUCUCGCAUACCAGCAGACUCCACAGACAGCUGCUUCCCCUCCAUGAAGCCUCCAGGGUCUGAGGCCAUCUGUGAGAAAGAUGCAUUGGAGGAAGAGCCCACCGCGGACCAGGAAUUGAGGCUGUGGGAUUCCCGGCUCCUCAAAGUCAUCUUCGUGAUGAUCUGCUUUCUAGUCCUGUCCUCGUCCUAUCUGGCAUUCCGAAUCUCCCGGCUGGAACAGCAGUUAUGUUCCCUGAACUGGGGCAGUCCACUUCCAAGGGACAGGUAA